CACGACGGACUACUCGUGACUUGGGGUGACGAGGAGAGAAAUGCGGACUUGGGACGAGAAGGUACUAGGAAGCGGGUAUUGCGUGAGCGUGAGGUGUACGGAAAGGGGAGAAGAAAGAGAGAAGAUUGGUGGAAAGUAAGGAGAAUGGUGGUUGAGUGGAGGAAAGGAAUGGAAGUGGCGAGAAACAGAUUGACGUGGGGCAAAAGUUGGGUUUCGGACGGGGCUGGAAUGCUUGUGUGUAUUGACAACUUGCAACCACUUUGAGAUCAGAUUAUGAGGCAAUGCCCUUGAGGCUAUUUGCACAAGUAUUUUCUAAAUACUUUUCGCUGCGCCGUAGGCGAUAGUCGCCUAGACAUAUGCCGCACCAACUUGCCCCCCGUACUCCUACGCCUCAAUGUGCCGCCAAAGGACCUAUACAACCUUGAUGAGUUGCCGUUGUACCCGGCACUUCAGCCCCGUCGCACCUACUCCGAGACGACUCUGCCGGGUGGCAAGGCUGCCAGAGACCGAGUGACGGUGGCACUCCUCUGCAACGCGGACGGUUCACACAACUUCCCGGCCUUCGUCAUUUCGAAAGUCAGGAGGCCACGCGACUUUGGGAGGGACUUCGACCCUGAGCUCUACGUGCGCUGGCGUUCGAACCGAAAGGGGUGGAUGAAUUCCGAGCUCUUCACGGAAUGGAUGGAGGGAGUGAAUGCCGGAUUCUUCAUCGAAGGGAGGCAGGUCGUAAUAUUGCUUGAUAACGCGUCUAGCCAUGCCUUGAAUCCGCAGCGGGCUAUUGAGGAGGAACUUCUUGGCUUCAAAACCUUGAAGAUGUCGAACGUGCGACUGAUCUUUCUCCCGCCGAACACCACCUGCUUCACGCAGCCGUUGGAUCAAGGCAUCAUCGCCACAGUUAAGACCCACUACCGCAAGAAGUGGGUGGAAGAAUUGAUUGCCUUGUGGGAGACCGGAAGCUUGGGUGCACGGCUGUCAAGUGCGAAACCGAAAUGGCGCGAUACGGUGGUUUGGCUGGCGGAGGCAUGGAGCUCUGUUAGCGCCGUCACCGUGCAGCGUUGCUGGUGGCGUACUGGCUGCCUCCCUGCGACAUGGGCGUCGUUGCUUCCACAUGUGAAUGCAACUGCCCAGUAUGCAAGGGGCGCGGAUGCCGCUGACAUGAACGACCUCGCGGCUGCAAUUUCAAGGCUGGCACUUGGGCGGCGCGCCAUGAGGGCCCUGGAUUUUGUGACUGCUGACGAUGGCCAGCCCACGACCGACCUGAUAGAGACUGCGGCAUAGAGAUGCAGUGGCGGACAUGCUGGUAUGCUGAAAUGGCUGUGGCUGUGACGCUGUGGCUUGAAUGUUACUGAGAGGACAGAUGGAGUUUGUAACGAAUACUAAGUCCAUCCCGGUGUGCAAUGUCUAGAGAGUUCAUGUAUGCUUGCUCGUUGUUUGUUUGCUUUGCUUUUCCAUGGUGGUGCCAUGUUUUGCCCCUCUGGUUUUGUUGCUCUUUGCCUCUUUCGUGCUGGCUCCUCCCUCUGUUGUUGUUGAUGUCGAGGGAAAAAUUGUUCAGUGAAUACUGAACCUCUGGUUUGAGUCUAUCUUGGUUUGUCUUCUGCGUUGUUUGUAGUCGAAAAUCCAGUAUUCGAGUCCUUUUAUGCUUUACAAACUGUCCCUCCAGAUCUCGAAAGUCCCCAGUGAAAGACAAAACACCGCGCGAGAUCUUCGGCAGCAUCCUUGACGAGAUUCCGAAUCGACCGUCGGGUGUUACAGUCACGCUUUAGGUGCGGAAUUGGGCCAAGGUGAUAAUAAAACGAUAUGGUCACUCGGCACAAAAAAAAUCACACCUGUCGUUUCAAAACCUGUGACAUGAUCGAAUAUCUGGGUGUACGUUCAAAAUGUCACACGCCCUAAUCACCACUUCCUAGGGCGAAAGCGAGAGAGAGCGAGAGCGAGAGCGAGAGCGAGAGCGAGAGCUGCCAGGGCCAACGUCUAGGGGGCGCCACAAGCGCGGACAGGGCAGAGGCUGUGUGCCUCUCAGAAGUAUGGAGACUGUCGCAGCUGUCGCAAGGUUGCUCAUGAGAUCAGCACCAAUUCGAGGUCGCGUUGGGUUUGUCAACUUUCGCCCUUCAUUCUCGUUUGAUCAGGGCUUGUCGUAUAAGUUCGGGCCUUGUUCAACAUGUAACUGUAUGGGUAAACUUGCAGAGUAGCGCGGAAUACAGUAUAGAAGUGGUGAAUGACUGAAUGACAACACAAUGGGUGGCGAGGCAAUAUACAAGAACACCAGAGCUAUAUUAGCCGUGAGAUGAGAAGAGGUCAAGGGGGCAUCGGCGUUUAUCUAAGUCAGGGGACUGGACAGUUGAUAUCGCUAAAAAUCUUCUCAACCGCUCCAGUGCUAUAUUCCAACGCAAAGAAACUCACUAAACCGUAACUGAACGUUCCUUCGACCUGCCCUCAGUGUUUCGCUCCCAACCCGAGUUUCCUUCGUCCUGAGUGACUCAGCAGGAGGUUCGUUUCACCGCGCGUGGAUAUGUCAUUCUAGGAGAUAGGGGGUUUGUAGCAACUUAAGUCCGUGGCGAUCUUGAGAGGAUUUUUGUAGGUUUUGGACCUCCGCCUUACAGCAUAGGCUGUAGCGUGUCUGUAGCUGCACUGGCCUUGAGGCCAAUGAGCGCGGGAAAGGUUGCGGAAAGAGGGGGGGUAAUGGGGCGCCGGGUGACGUGGCAUGGUCUCGGCCUCCUAGCAAGCAGCGCGCGACGAAUCUAGCUUUGCGAAGGGCGUUGAGCGAAAGGAAAGUCUUGUUACAAAUCGCAGCUUGUGCCGCAAGCCAGCUCUGUUGCGGUGCGGAGUCCGUCCAUAGCAGACCUGACAGACUUGCAAAUACUUCACUGAAUGAGUCAGCAAGUCUCAGAGCGCUUCUGCACUGCAAGCGCUUCUGCGAGCGCUUCCGUGCGCCUCAGUCCUUGUUGUGACGCCAUCCAAUUGCCGUCGAAGCUCACGCGCGUGGCUGCUGUAUCCACCAUUUUCCACUGCAACGCGAUAUUCCAGCCAAUCACUGCUUCAUCGGUUUAUGCAUAACCUCGGCUGUCGUCAUCCUCCUCACUGACGCAGCAAGAGGGUGCGCAGGACGAUAGUGCGCGCAAGACGGUGCGCGCAAGACGGUGCGCGCAAGAGAGUGCGCAGGUCACGCGGAAGCGAAGUACACUACCACUCUGUAUCGUAGUAACAGAUACGCACAACACACAGAACCUCUUCCUGGCCAUAGUUUGACUACCUGCGACGUCACGGGAUCGCGAUGCUCAACGCGAGGCUCCGUGCGGUGCUCGUCAGCGCCGAGAAGCUCCAGCCGACGAUUUCGCAUAUCGGCGGUGCAGCUCGGUUAAUACGAAAACAGUUGGUAGGAUCAUCGGUGCAGUCUGGUGCAGCGAGUUGAUAGCGCCGAAGUGGAUGGCGCCGAACUACUCCGGGCCCCUGAGAGCUUUUCUUCUGAAGGCUCCCCAAGCCAAUAGAACUCACCACAAUCGCACUACUCUGAGGUAUUCUGUACGUCAGUCCAAACUCCGUCGCUGGGAACCUAAGGAAAGCCUCACCCGAGCCUGUCACCCGAGCCUGUCACCCUAGUCUCACCCGAGCUUGUACAAUCCCGUAGUUCGCCAUGGCUACUGAAUUUUCUCAGCGCGCGGGGCCGACGGAGCCGUACGUGGUGAUGGGAAUCGAGUACUGCGUGCCGCAUGAGACGGUGCUUGUAUUGAAGGAGAACAUUUUUUCUUUGCAUGGGAGGGCGGAGAUUCGCGACACCGAGGGCCAGCUGUUCUUCAUGUCAGAAAAUAAGAUGGUGUCUUUACACUCGCGAAAGACGGUGUACAACGCCAAGGAUCAGCCCGUGUUCACGCAGUCGAGCUCGCUCCUUAGUCUUCAUGACACCACCUUCCUAACUGCGGGUGAAAGCACGGACCUUAACGACGCGCUGGUGACUGCAAAAAAGGAGUUACUCUCCUUCGCCGAAGCUCUUAAUGUUUUCCUGAAGGGGAACGUGUCUCGUAAUCCAGACAUCAUUGUCGAAGGCAAAUUUUUCUAUCACGAUUACACUAUCACCACAUCCAGUGGGCUUCUUUUGGCAGAAGCGACGCUUAAUUUGGCACGUACACAGGUUAUGAACGCCCAAGAAUAUGGUGUGCGCAUCAAGCCCAAUGUAGAUAUGGCUCUCAUCAUUGGGCUUGUUGGCAUGGUUCACACCAUCUUUUUCAAAACCAAGGACAAGAACACUAUAAGGUUAAGACUCUGAGAUGGUUUCAAUUACGGUAGUUGCGAUGAUGUCUAAGUUUGUAUUGGGUCCCCAUAGGAUCUUUUGGGAAGGCAAGUCUGCGGAAGUCUUUGUUGGUGGAGGCAUUUGUUAAAUUAUAUAUGUUAGUAUAUAAUUGUAGGCUUGGUAGUCGUUGUUAAGAACUGAGUGAAUUAGU